UGCGCCCUCGCAGGAGACCCCAAGCAGGACCUGGCCUACGAGCGGCAGUACGAGCAGCAGACCUACCAGGUGAUCCCGGAGGUGAUCAAGAACUUCAUCCAGUAUUUCCACAAGACCGUGUCGGACCUCAUCGACCAGAAGGUGUAUGAGCUGCAGGCCAGCCGCGUCUCCAGCGACGUCAUCGACCAGAAGGUCUACGAGAUCCAGGACAUCUACGAGAACAGCUGGACAAAGCUGACUGAAAGGUUUUUUAAGAAUACGCCAUGGCCAGAGGCAGAAGCUAUUGCCCCGCAGGUUGGAAAUGAUGCUGUUUUCCUGAUCCUAUACAAGGAACUUUAUUAUAGGCACAUCUAUGCUAAAGUCAGCGGGGGGCCCACUCUGGAACAGAGAUUUGAGUCCUAUUACAACUACUGCAAUCUCUUCAACUACAUCCUCAAUGCUGAUGGUCCAGCUCCUCUGGAACUGCCCAACCAGUGGCUCUGGGAUAUCAUUGAUGAAUUCAUAUACCAGUUUCAGUCCUUCAGCCAGUACCGCUGCAAGACGGCUAAGAAGUCUGAAGAAGAAAUUGAUUUCCUUCGUUCUAACCCCAAGAUCUGGAACGUCCACAGUGUCCUUAACGUGCUGCAUUCUCUGGUGGACAAAUCUAACAUCAACCGACAGCUGGAGGUUUACACUAGUGGAGGUGAUCCUGAAAGUGUGGCUGGAGAAUAUGGUCGUCACUCUCUCUACAAGAUGUUGGGUUAUUUCAGUCUGGUUGGUCUGCUGCGUCUGCACUCUCUGCUAGGGGAUUACUACCAAGCUAUCAAGGUUCUAGAGAACAUUGAACUUAACAAGAAGAGCAUGUACUCUCGGGUGCCCGAGUGCCAGGUGACCACCUACUACUACGUGGGCUUUGCGUACCUGAUGAUGCGGCGCUACCAGGAUGCUAUCCGCGUCUUUGCCAACAUCCUCCUCUACAUUCAGAGGACCAAGAGCAUGUUUCAGAGGACGACCUACAAAUAUGAGAUGAUUAACAAGCAGAACGAGCAGAUGCACGCGCUGCUGGCCAUCGCCCUCACCAUGUACCCCAUGCGCAUCGACGAGAGCAUUCACCUGCAGCUGCGGGAGAAGUACGGGGACAAGAUGCUGCGCAUGCAGAAGGGCGACGCACAAGUCUAUGAGGAGCUCUUUAGUUACGCCUGCCCCAAAUUCCUCUCUCCUGUGGUGCCCAACUAUGACAAUGUACACCCCAACUACCACAAGGAGCCCUUCCUGCAGCAGCUCAAGGUCUUUGGUGAUAAGGCCCAGCUCUCCACCAUUCGUAGCUUCCUCAAGCUCUACACCACCAUGCCUGUGGCCAAGCUGGCUGGCUUCUUGGACCUGACGGAGCAGGAAUUUCGCAUCCAGCUGCUUGUUUUCAAGCACAAGAUGAAGAACCUGGUGUGGACCAGUGGCAUCUCUGCCCUGGAUGGGGAGUUCCAGUCUGCCUCUGAGGUAGACUUCUAUAUUGACAAGGACAUGAUCCACAUUGCAGACACAAAGGUUGCUCGGCGCUACGGGGACUUCUUCAUCCGCCAGAUCCACAAGUUUGAGGAGCUGAAUCGAACCUUGAAGAAGAUGGGCCAGAGACCCUAAACCAAUGACCACAGUGAUUGGACUGAGCAAAGAAGUGGGAGGGAGAGAUUAUUCCCUUUGCUGUUGAGGGAGGGAAGCUCAGGAUUCCAGUACUUCUGGAAUCUCCUAUAGCUCUGAAGGUUUUUAUACUUAAUAAGCAGGCUCAUUUGUCUCAAACCAUCCUGCAAAAGUCAAAACUUCUAAUAAAUGAGUAAAGUUUUGGUGAGCAUUCA